AUGUCUCAGUACACCUCCAUCAAGCUCCCGCCACCCGAGCAUGGCAUCCACCCGUUCCUGACAGGUGAAGACAUAUCAACCGCUAUUCGCCAGACGGCAACCGACUACAGUCAUCUGAUCCAAUGCAGUACGACCGUCGAAGACGUGGAAAAGCGAAGCGCCGGAGGUCUCAAACUCCUUCUGCGACGAGAGAAUCCCGACGGAACCGACACUUGGUACGAGGAGAUCUAUGAUCACCUCGUCGUAGCCACCGGACACAACUCCGUGCCCAGAGUGCCCAACAUCCCAGGGCUGACUACAUGGAAAGGUAGCCUGCAGCAUGCAACUACGUGGCGGUCUGGAGAGGACUACAGCGGUCAGCGUAUCCUAGUCGUAGGUUCAAGCGAGAGUGCCAUCGAUAUUGUACUACAGUCUCUGCCUCACGUCAAGGGCCACAUUUACGUUUCGCAAAGGUCACCCCACCCACGGUAUCCCACUGUUUUCAAUCGACCUGGAGUCAAGAUUGUUUCGACCAUCGAUCGUUUCACCGAGGAUGAGAUACACUUAAGUGAUGGAACGGUAGUUCGCGACAUUGAUACCGUGGUCUUUGCUACGGGCUACUUCUAUACCUACCCAUUUCUUUCCAAAGUCCGGCCACUACAACCACAAGGGGGUCUUCGAGUCCCUGGCCUCUAUCAGCACAUUUUCGACAUUUACAAUCCGGACACCAUCGCCUUUGUGGGAGUAGCGAACUUGUCGCUAACAUGGCUGACCUGGGAAAAGUCGGCAUUCCUUUUAGCUCUCUUCUGGGCAGGUAAGAUCCGCUUGCCACCUCGAGAGGUUCAGGAAGCUUGGGAGGCAUCACGCCUUGAGGACAAGGGGUCACGACUGUUCCACCUCCUGGAACUUCCCCAUGAGCGUGUCAUUUAUUUUGAUGAGUUGAAUGAGUUGGCAGCCGAUUACCUGCAUCAGGAAGAUGCGGAUGACGAGCUCCUCCGCAGCUUUCCCGCUGAUUGGAUUGUAAAUCUGCUUUCUUCGCGCUGGUGGAAGUUGAAGAAGUAUGGUAUAUCGGAGGAAGGUCAAGAUGGAUUGAUAGAACAGUUAUAG